AUGAAAGCCUUUGCAUUUCUGGGCCUCGCGGCCUCCGCUGCUGCACAACUCCUUCAGACUGGCGCAUCGCUCAAGCUCAAUGACGUCUACUAUUUCGUCUCCCCGUUCUCUCAAGGCAAAGCCUACGACGGGGCUCUAAACAUCAAGAGUCUCCCUCGCGCAUUUGGCUUCACCCCGAUAACCGUCAUCUCUGAACCCGUCGCCAAGAAUGACCUAACUAGCCUGUUCACCAACUGGACUAUGGAAGAUGAUGUCUGGCAGCCCGCCUUCCUGUCUUCCAUCUUUCUCGCCGGCAUCGACUCUCCUUGUCUGACGAAGGAAACCUUCGACGGGAGUAACAAGACGCAGUCCAUCGUCGUGCCGUUGAACAAGGACAGCUCGCUGCCUUCUGGCCCGUAUUUCUUGGAUACCACCACCGGAGACGUCUACCAAGCCUUCCGUCUGUACGACGACUUCGCCGGAGCAUUCAGCGAGUCUCUCUUGCAAAUCCCGCAGGGCACGUUCCAGACACUCUCCGCGCAAGUCCCCAGCUCCGCUUCACUCACCAUCGGCGUACCGUCGCGGCUGUACUUUACGCCAACGGCAGAGAAGCCUCUUGCCGGCGUCAGAAUCGGCGUGAAAGACAUUUACUCCCUCGCCGGCGUCAAGGGCUCCAACGGUAACAGGGCGUGGUACGCCCUGUACCCGCCCGCCGAGAAGACCGCUCCCGCGAUCCAGAGGCUCAUCGAUGCCGGUGCCGUGAUCGUGGGUUUCCAGAAGCCGUCGCAGUUUGCCAACGGAGAAUCGGCGACGGCGGACUGGGUGGAUUAUCACGCGCCCUUCAACCCGCGCGGCGACGGCUACAAUGAUCCCUCAUCAUCAUCGUCAGGGGCCGGCGCGUCGGUUGCGUCGUAUGAGUGGUUGGACAUGGCGGUGGGAAGCGACACAGGCGGCUCGAUCCGCGGGCCGUCGGGCGUGCAGGGUCUCUUCGGAAACCGCCCCUCGCAUGGUCUCGUCAGCCUGGACGGCGUGAUGCCUCUGUCUCCUACCCUCGACACCCCCGGCUUCCUGACCAGAGACCCGUAUGUGUGGGAUGUCGCGAAUAAGGUCCUCUACGGGGAUAACUAUACUUCGUUUGUAGGCAACGAGGUCAAGUACCCCAAAACGGUGUACACGCUUGGGUUUCCCACAGAUGAUUCACCUGCUGCGAGGCUGCUGAACGUGUUCGCGGACGAGGUUGCAAAGUUCCUCCAGACGAACCUCACGGAGUUCAACCUGACUGAAUCCUGGGCGUCUACCGGGCCGGAAGAGGCGAGGAAGGCGAGUUUGGCCGAUUUGUUGGGCAAGACGUACGCGACGUUGAUUUCCAAGGAGCAAACGACCCUCGUCCGCGAUCCAUUUUACGCCGACUACGCCGCCGCUCACGACGGUCGCCGCCCCUUCGUCAACCCGGUCCCCCUCGCCCGCUGGGCCUGGGGCGACGCACAGCCCGCUACAGCCCUCGACGAGGCCAGGGCGAACAAGACGAUCUUCAUGGACUGGUUCAACAGCCAGGUUCUCGUUCCCGUCGCGGACCCCGCGGCGUGUUCCUCGGGGCUUUUGUUGUACGUCGGCAGCUCCGGCACCGCGAGUCCGAGAAACCGGUACCCCAACGCCCCGGGCACGCCGCCGCUGGGCUUUUCGAACGGGAGGUUGUCGAUUUUUAGCGGUGCACCGGAUCACGUUUUCCCCGUGGGCGAGGUCGGGUCCAUGAGUUCUGUGACGAAUCAUACGGAGAUGUUGCCUGUUACUGUCGAUGUCAUGGCCGCGAGGGGGUGCGAUGGGUUGAUUGUGAGGCUUGCGCAAGAUUUGGUGGCCAAGGGGGUGGUGAAGGUUCCGAAGACUGGUGCAGGUAUGACGGGGGGUGAUGUGUUGAUGAGGAGGGAUGUUCAUGAGUGGUUUUGA